UUGACGGGCCCACUGUGGAGUGAAUCACACACUUGCACAAGCCUUGAAGCUGUGGGCAGCUAUACUGUUGUCAGAUUGGCUUCUUACAACAGGCGGCUGGUUCUCACCAGGGCCUCCCGGACUUCCCUUCUAAAAGAUGAAAAAGAUGGGUCAUGGCCACUGAAGGAAGACUGUGGGGGGCACCAGUGUGGGCACAUGUGAUGCCGGGGCACGAUGGUGGGAACUCAGUGCCAAUCUGCCAGCUGGUUGAUUCUCCACCUCCCAGCUGCUAGAUCUACUUCCUGGAUACCAACUAGGGAUGUUAUGGAGACUGACAAUUUUGUUAACAAACUGAAUACACUGGAGAAUUAGAAGUCAAUAAAUGGUAUAAAGGGAAUUUAAGCAUAAAAUACAUGGAACAACUCUGGAUUUUCCAUGUGGGAUAGAACAUGGCAUUGACUCCAGCCAUUUGUCACCAAAAACUGGUGACUCAGCCAGAACAUUUGGCUUUUGGCUUUGGCCCCAUCUGAGAUACCCCAUUCAACUUUUUUUUUGGUGAGAAGAGAAACAACCCAUUUGGGGCCAACCUGAGAACACCUAUAGGAUUCAUCACAGUGAUCAAACUCUGCAAAAUAAGGAUUCUAUGACUCCUCUUGUGUUAAGAUCCUAAUGUGUGAAAAUGAAGUCCCAGGCUACCAUGAUUUGCUGCGUAGUGUUUUUUCUGGCUACAGAAUGUUCCCACCAUAGACCCAAGAAUCAUAUAAAAGAUAGAGCAAAACUUCAAAACUUUGAAGGGAAACCUGGGACCGGAAGGAUACAAGAGAAAUGUCAUGAACCUUGCCUUUCCUCUACCAACUGCAGCCAACCCUGUGCUAAGCACUUUCGUGGAGAAAUCGGAUUUAUAUGUCAUCAAAAAAAGUGGCAAAAAUCAACUGAAACAUGUACAAGCCUUUCUGUGGAAACACUUUUUAAGGACUCAAAUGCAGCAUUACGUCUUUCUGUAGCAGCACCUUCUAUACCUCUACCCAUUCUAGAUUUUCGAGCUCCAGAGCCUGUUAAGAGUGUAGCUCAAAGAAUCUGCAAGAAUUGCCCUCAUGAUUAUGCUUGCAUCAUUGAUGUUGUGAAAUCCUCAGAAACCACAUCUGGAAAUAUUGCAUUUAUAGUUGAGUUAUUGAAAAAUAUUUCUACAGAUUUGUGUGGUGGUGUUACCCGGGAGAAAAUGAAGAGCUACAGUGAAGUGGCCAACCACAUCCUGGACACAGCAGCCAUUUCAAACUGGCCUUUCAUUCCUGACAAAAAUGCCAGCUCAAAUUUGUUGCAGUCAGUGAAUUCGUUUGCGAGCCAACUCCAUAUCCGCAAUGAGUCUGAGGACAUCGUGGAUGAACUCUUCAUUCAGAUGAAAGGCUUUCACAUCAAUCACAACACCACAAAGAGAAGUUUCAAUUUCUCCAUGAGCGUGGAUAAUACAACAGAAAGCAUCUUAGGAAUGAUAGAAAUUCCCAGGCAAGAGCUACACAAACUGCCACCAGGGGACACAUUCCGAGCCAUUAGCAUAGCUUUUCCAACCUUGGGGGCCAUUCUGAAAGAACCCCACUUGCCAAAUGAGAGUGUUUCCAGACCCAUAAAUGGUCUGGUCCUUUCAGUCAUUUUGCCAGAAACGAUGAAGGAAAUCUUAUUCACCUUUGAAAAAGUCAAUAAAUCCCGAAGUACCAGGGCACAGUGUGUUGGCUGGCACUCCCAGAAAAGGAUGUGGGAUAAGAAUCAGUGUAAGAAGAUGGUGGAUACCAUGGACAAAGUGAAAUGCCAUUGUAACUAUACCAAUGUGAUGAUGUCGUUUUCCAUCCUAAUGUCCCCCAAAUCUGUGAGUGACAAAGCCCUGGACUACAUCACUGGCAUUGGACUCAGCAUCUCAAUCCUUAGCUUGGUUCUUUGCCUGAUCAUUGAAGCCACAGUUUGGUCCCGUGUGGUUAUGACAGAGAUAUCAUACAUGCAUCAUGUGUGCAUCGUGAACAUAGCAGUGUCGCUCCUGAUUGCUAAUGUGUGGUUCAUCAUAGGCUCUAACUUUACCAUAAAGUCCCAGGAAGACAACUGGUGUGUCACAGUGACAUUUUUCAGUCACUUUUUCUACCUCUCUCUGUUUUUCUGGAUGCUCUUCAAAGCGCUGCUCAUCAUCUAUGGAAUAUUGGUCAUUUUCCGUAGGAUGAUGAAGUCCCACAUGAUGGUCAUUGGUUUUGCCAUUGGCUAUGGGUGCCCGCUGGUUAUUGCUGUCACCACAGUUGCUAUCACAGAGCCACAGAAAGGCUAUGUGAGAUGUGAUGCUUGUUGGCUUAACUGGGAUAAUACCAAAGCCCUCUUUGCAUUUGUCAUCCCAGCCUUGGUCAUUGUGGCUGUGAAUCUCCUUGUGGUUUUGGUUGUUGCUAUUAACACUCAGAGGCCCUCUAUUGGCAGUUCCAAGUCUCAGGAUAUGGCCAUAAUUAUGAGGAUCAGCAAAAAUGUGGCCAUCCUCACCCCAUUGCUAGGACUAACCUGGGGUUUUGGAAUAGUCAUUCUCAUAGAAGAAACUUCAUUGAUAUUCCAUAUAAUUUUUGCUGUGCUCAAUGCUUUCCAGGGUUUCUUCAUCUUGCUGUUUGGAACCAUUAUGGAUCACAAGAUAAGAGAUGCUUUGAGAAUGAGAAUGUCUUCUCUGAAGGGGAAAUCGAGGGCAGCAGAGAAUGCAUCAUUAAGUCCAACCAAUGGAUCUAAAUUAAUGAAUCGUUGAGGGUAAAAUGAUGCCCAUUUCUCACUGUUGUCCUGGGUCCCGGGACUGAGAGGUGAGUUCCAGAAGAAGAAUGCAUGGGAAGUAGUGUGGAAUGAGGAGGGACAGCUACGGUGUCUUUGAGGACCUUUUCCUCUUGCCAGGAGUGACACCUAAGCUGAAGAGAAAUCGAAGAUGCCAUGUGAUGAGGAGACUUUAAAAUGGCUGAUCUACUGACUCAUUGACUCAUUUGUGGCCUGCAAAAGUCUGGCUUCUUGUCACCCUUGGCAAGAUUAAGGAAACCUGCAAACCAUCUUGUGGCCUCUGUGACAAGUCUGGGGUUGGUGGGACCUUGCUGGGCGUGGGCUGCUCUCAUUUCCAAGGCUACCUCCUGGCUCCCUGACUCAGUCAUCCCUCCCUCUGCAUAAUUCCUGAGGGACAGGGGUUAGAUCCAAUUUCAGGAGCAGGGUUGGGGGUAGGAGUGUGAUGUUGGAUUGUCAGGACAAACACUGAAUAUACUUUGGAAAUGGCUUAUUCAUGGUAGGUUUCAUAAAGAUAAGGAACAAAACAAAAGAAAGCUAUUUAAUGUGUUUAUUAUUUAAGUCUAUUUUAGACCUUGAAUGAGAUAAUUUACCUUUUAGGAUCUCAGUUUCCUUAGUUGCCUGUUUGGGCAACAGGCAAAAUUCUUGUAGACAGUACAGUGUAUUUGUGUACCUGCACACAAGUGUGCAUGUGUGUGUUUAUGUGUUCAUGUGCAUAUUUUAACCAUUAUAUGUAAAGAAAAAUUCUGGUUGCUAUUUUAGGAAUAAAAUACAUAUGUUUACCUUUCACAACUUGCUCACGUGUGAGUUCAUUCAAGAUGAACUUCCCCAUUGAUAGUACAAUGUUCCUGAAUAUCAUCCUGUUACCAAUCCACCUCAGCUAAUGGGCCAGACCUCCAGGAGGUCUGGGAAUGCAAUCCUGCCACAUGCCCAUGGAGUGAGAACUUGGAAAUGUUUGGAAGAGACCACUACCCUGACUUACCUUUAAGAGGUCUCAAUGAAAUUAUUAACACCAUUUUCGUUUUAAACAGCAAGGCUUUCAUUAGAAAUGAAGAUGGCUGUGUGGUCAGGGGUAGGACAUUCUGUCCAAAGCAGAUGUCAUAGAAGUCACUUAUUCGAAACUUUUUCACAAAACAAAUCAACAAAAAACAUAGUGAGUACCUCUUUUCAGGGCUUCAGUC